GCAAAACCAGUACUAGCGCUUACUGACCAUAUUCACGAUGCACGGAGCAGCCGCAGUUCUUUUGGUUGUGACAUCAUUGACGAAGUUGCUGCUUGUGACUGAAGCAUUCACUCUGGUGUACCCCCGCCUUCUUGAAGAGCGAGGACAGGAUGGUGAACUUUUGCUUCACAUAACGGACGAGCUCAUUCUUAAUCUGCAAAAAAGCUCGAUAGCGGCACCUCUACUACGUGUGGUUCGUUACGAGAAUGGCAAGCACGUCACAACCCUUCGCAAAGGUGAAGAGUUUGAUGGCAGCCUGUACCACAGCCUGAAAGAGUCCGCAUCAGUGUAUGUUUUACGUUCAGAAGAUGGCGUCGAAGUGGAGGGCAUCAUUGGUCCGUAUAAGCGCAUCGAACCGAUGCUAACGGUGGCAAGAACCACGGAUGGACGAAUUGCCCACAUUGUACACAACAUCGAAGCACAUGGAUCGCCUAAUCCUGGGUCCUUUGACCACGAACUUGCUCCACGCAACCUAAUUUCUACCACUAACACUGGGACGCCGCAAAAUGUACCAGGAACUGUGGAGGUUGAAUUGUUUGUCACGGUGGACUCAUUCCACAGCAAACAUUUUAAUGGAACAAAGAAGCUCAUUGCCUACGUCUGCAUCAUGAUGAACGCCGUUAACCUGUGGCUUGCUGAGACUAGCCAACCCAGAAUUAAACUCCUGCUCACCGGUGUGGAAACGAGUGAGGAUGAGGCGUACCUCAAAUCAAGACAUCACUCUAUUAGUGCCGAAGAAACUAUCCAACAGCUGAAUAAGUAUGCUACAGAAUAUAAGAAUAAGCACGGGAAUCCAGAUAUCUUAUAUCUGUUGUCAGGCCGAGACCUGUACGGCCAGAGGAAUGGGUGGCCGGACAACACAUUGAGAGGUCUUGGAUACAACAGCGGCCUCUGUGCCUAUUAUCACGUUGCCCUCGGCGAAGACAAGGCUGGGACCUACAGUGGGACUGACACCGCUGCCCACGAAAUCGGCCACCUUCUGGGCGCCACACAUGACGGUUUGCCUCCUGAGCGUAAGUAUCCCGGCAAACCAGGCUCCCUGAUGUGCUCAAGGUUUUAUGGCUACCUCAUGAGUUACAUAAAGAAUGGUGCGGCCAGUCACCACUACUCAAGCUGCAGUCUCGGCCAGAUGCGAUAUUUCGUCAGCCGUGUAAGGCCUUCAUGCUGGGAAGUGAAUGCUAAAAAGAUAUACAAUGUAACGAAAAAAUACCCUGGCAUGGUGAUGACGACAGAAGUUUAUUGCCAGAGGUUACUUCCUGGCGAACAGAAUGUUACCGCUGACCCGUAUGAAGGGUUCAAGGCCGCGUGCAUGGUGCGUUGCUUGUACAAUCGACGCGGUCAAGUGAUCCACACUGGACAUACUGAGUACAAAGACGUAGAUGCGCUGGAACAUACACCUUGCGGAGAAGAGAAGGCGUGCAUACAAGGCAUCUGUACAGAGAAGCCCUCGAAGAAGAAAGGACACUGAUGCGUGCAAUGCCAACCAAUUUAUAUUGACUGAAAUUGAGAUAACAUACAAUAUUGCAUACGUGGGAAGCGCUGCGAUCGUUUUAUUUUUCACAAAUGAAGUUGCCUGGCUGAGACUCACCUAAU